GGCUGUAGGAGGAACAAGAAGAUGCUGUCAGCCGCUGGUGUCAGCUUGGGUAAGGUGUCCUCCUGGCUCGUCUCCUCCAAGCAUCUCCUCACCUUCCUUCCACACGUCUGGCCACACUCUACCAUGGCACCUCAAGUCCCGUCAAUGGCUCUCGCCGACGGCAGGAAGAUUCCCGUCUUGGGUCUUGGCACUUGGAAGUCAAAGCCAGGCGAGGUAACACAAGCUGUCAAGGAUGCCAUAGACUGUGGAUAUCGCCAUAUUGACUGUGCACUUGUUUAUGGCAAUGAGCCAGAAGUUGGUGCUGCUAUUAAGGCCAAAAUUGAGGAAGGUGUUGUGAAACGUGAAGAUCUCUUCAUAACAAGUAAGCUGUGGAACACCUUCCAUAGCAAGAGCUUGGUGAUCCCUUCUUUGAAGCAGUCACUGACCAACUUGGGGCUUGAUUACUUGGACUUGUACCUUAUUCACUGGCCUAUGGGUUACAAGGAAGGAGGAGAAAAUUUCCCAGCAGAUGAGAGUGGAAAUACACUCUACAGUGAUGUUGAUUACGUUGAAACUUGGCUUGAAAUGGAGAAGACUGUUGACUUGGGCCUUACUAAGUCUAUUGGUGUGUCCAAUUUCAACAAAGAUCAAAUAGAGCGCGUCCUUAAGGAAGGGAAGGUUAUUCCAGUUACCAACCAGGUAGAGUGUCAUCCAUACUUGAAUCAGAAGAAGUUAAUAGAGUACUGCAAGUCCAAAAACAUACAAAUCACUGCUUACAGUCCCUUGGGAUCUCCUGACAGGCCAUGGGCCAAACCUGGUGAUCCUCUAAUAAUGGAAGAUCCAAAGAUUGUGGCCAUAGCUGACAAAUACAAGAAGUCACCAGCUCAGAUUCUCAUUCGCUAUCAGAUACAACGAGACCUCAUUGUCAUUCCCAAGUCUGUCACCAAAUCUAGGAUCGAGUCUAACAUUCAGGUGUUUGACUUCGAAUUAUCUGAGGAGGACGUGAAAACUCUUGAUAGCUUUGAUUGCAAUGGCCGUUUUCUCCACUUAAAUCAAGUGAAGACCCACAAAUACUGGCCGUUCAACACCGAGUUCUAGAGCAGUUGGUGAUGCCACAGGAUCGACAAGCCGUAUUCAAGGAAAUAAUUUGGAGUAAAACUAGAUACAGUGUCCUAAAGAAGAUUGCUUUGUUCAUUACUUGAAAUAUGUCAAUUUCAGUGCUAAAUUACAAUGCUUUUGUAAAAGGUUACACAUUUUUGGCAAAGCCCCCUUUUUUUUUAAAUAUUCAAUAUGGAUAAUCUUAUUUGGAAUACCAACCUAAUUUAUUGGAAAUAAAGUUACUAUUAUA